AUGUCGUUGAGCCCAAAGCACACAACGCCUUUUUCAGUGACAGAUAUUUUGAGUCCAAUCGAGGAGACCUACAAGAAGUUUAGUGCCAUGGACGGCGCAGGGAACCUAACCUCUCCACUGGGAGCCUACCGGCAGCCUCAGGUGUCUCAGAGCGGCAUGCAGCAACACUCCAUGGGCCACAACGGCGGCGUGGCUGCCACCUACCACAUGCCGCACUCCGUGUCCCAGUUCUCCCACGGCGCCAUGGGGGGAUAUUGUAAUGGGAGCAUUGGCAACAUGGGAGAGCUGCCGUCCUACCAGGAAAGCAUGAGGAAUAGUGCUGCAGCAACAGGCUGGUACAGCACCAACCCUGAUCCAAGAUACUCCACCAUUUCUAGAUUCAUGGGACCUUCCACAGGUAUGAACAUGGCGGGCAUGGGGGGUCUCGCGGGGAUGGCGGACGCCUCAAAGUCCAUGCCGGCCCUCCACGCUGCGCCCAGGAGGAAGCGGCGGGUCCUCUUCUCCCAGGCUCAGGUCUACGAGCUGGAGCGGAGGUUCAAGCAGCAGAAGUACCUGUCAGCGCCGGAGAGGGAACACCUGGCCAGCAUGAUUCACCUGACGCCGACUCAGGUGAAGAUCUGGUUCCAGAACCACCGGUACAAGAUGAAGCGGCAGGCCAAGGACAAGGCGGCGCAGCAGCUGCAACAGCAGCAGCAGCAACAACAACAGCAACAGGACGGGAGCAUGUGCCAACAGCAGGCCCAGUCCCCGAGGCGCGUAGCCGUGCCGGUUCUUGUAAAGGACGGCAAACCCUGUCAAAACGCAUCCAACACGUCGACGCCGAACCAGCAAACCGUGCAGCAGAGCCAACAGAACCAACAACAGAACGGGGCCGCAGUGGUGCUGGGUCAGCACCAAAACCAGCAGCAGGUAAAUGAUUUGGACCUUGAGGAGAUGUCGCCCAGCCCCCCAUCGCUGCACAGCCAGCUCAGCAUGGCCCAAAUAGACACUUCUGCUGUAGAUUACACCAGUAAUAUGGUCAGCUCGAACCUCCUCUACGGCAGAACGUGGUAG